UGGUGUCAGUGUACCAGCGUGUGUCCCAGCCCGCCUGCUGCCGCGAGUCUGUGCAUCACCGAUGUGUGUGUGACUCCGGCGCUCUCUCUGCGUCCGACAGGUGGAGAUGACAUGAACGCGUUCGAGAGGAAGAAAGGAAAGGACCUACGAGGUCAGCAAGUGUUACUGCGUCCGGAGGAGAGUUCGGCUCCGAGCCUGACAAGCAGACAGUCCACCACGUUUUCUGAACAAGUCCAGGAUGCUCUGCUGCAACUGGCAGCCGUUGUCGAUGUGCGCUCGCUGCGAGUGGCCCUUCGAGACGGCGUACAGACGCUGUUACCUCACACGGAGUGUGUAUGUGUGUAUACACUGGAGGGAAACUCGAGGCUGCUGUCGGACGACCCGCCACAUGAGCUGCCACAGGAGGGCAAGAUCAGGAGUGUUGUUGACCAGCUGAAGCGAUGUCAGUGUGCCGGCUUUCCCUCAUCCGAACUGCCAGAAAAAUACAAAAUCUGUCUCGCAGCCCCACUAAAGGCACACCAAAGAGCUGUCGUUAUUCCUAUCUUGGACCAGGAGCAGACCAAGGCCAUCGCUGUCUUACUGGUGGGCUGUAGUCCUCUCUCUGAUCAGGAUGAAGUGCAUCUCAGCAUGCUGGAAAAACAUGCCUCAGUGGCGUGCGUCCGCGUCCAGCUUGUUCAGGCGUCCUACCAGAGGCCCCCCCUCAGCCCCUCACCCAUUCAGUCCCACAAUGCACUACUGCACCUCAAUGUCUCCGACCAGGACUACAGCGAGUUGGACCGCAACAUCCUCCAACUUUGUGGUGAGCUUUAUGACCUUGAUGCAGCCUCUCUCCAGCUCAAAGUCAUCAAUUAUCUGCAGCAGCAGACUCAGUCACAGUGUUGUUGUCUGCUAUUAGUGUCUGAGGACAACCACCAGCUUUUCUGCCAGGUAGUUGGAGACAAAGUUCUGGAGGAGGAGAUCAGUUUCCCGCUGAUGUUUGGACGUUUUGGUCAAGUUGUCGAGAAGAAGAAGUCAAUUACUCUGCAAGACAUCAGCGCUGAGGAGCGCCAGCAGCUGUCCAGUAUGUUGGGCUGUGAAAUCUCCUCCUUGCUGUGUGUCCCGGUUGUGAGCAGGGCUACGGGCCAAGUGGUGGCUCUUGCGUGCGCUUUCAACAAGCUGGGUGGACAGAGACACACCGAGGCAGAUGAGCACGCCAUCCAGCACUGUUUCUGCUACACUUCAACGGUCCUCACUUCAACUUUGGCCUUCCAGAAGGAACAGAAACUGAAAGUGGAGUGCCAGGCGCUCUUGCAAGUGGCCAAGAACCUCUUCACGCACUUGGAUGAUGUGUCAGUGCUCUUACAGGAAAUUAUAGUGGAGGCCAGGAACCUCAGUGGUGCAGAGAUCUGUUCAGUGUUCCUGCUGGAUCGCCACAGCCACGAGUUGGUGGCCAAGGUGUUCGACGGGGGUGUGGUUAGUGAUGAAGAGAAGGAAUUCCGUAUCCCAGCAGAUCAGGGUAUUGCAGGCCAUGUGGCGACCACAGGUCAAAUCCUGAACAUUAAGGACGCCUACUCCCAUCCUCUUUUUUACCGUGGUGUGGACGACAGCACCGGUUUCAGGACUCGCAACAUCCUCUGCUUCCCCAUCAAAGAUGAGACCAAUGAGGUGAUCGGGGUUGCUGAGUUGGUGAAUAAAAUGAACGGGCCGUGGUUCAACCGCUUUGAUGAGGACCUGGCCACAGCUUUUUCCAUCUACUGUGGUAUCAGUAUUGCCCAUUCAUUGCUCUACAAGAAGGUCCAUGAAGCCCAGUUCAGAUCUCACCUGGCCAAUGAAAUGAUGAAGUACCACAUGAAGCUUUCAGAGGACGAGGUGUGUAAACUGCUGGUCGUCGGGAUUGAGCCGGUGAAGAAGAUCCACCCUUGCUUUGCUGAGUUCACCUACACGCCGCGCUCGCUACCCGAUGAGACCACACCUGUGUGUGUCCUCAGCAUGUUUGAAGACAUGGGUUUCAUCAACAUGUACAAGAUCGACCGUCAGACCCUUGCCAGGUUUUGUUUAAUGGUCAAGAAAGGCUACAGGGACCCGCCCUACCACAACUGGAUGCAUGCAUUCUCUGUCUCCCACUUCUGCUACCUGCUCUACAAAAACCUUGGGCUGUCCAACUACCUCGAGGAUAUAGAGAUUCUAGCUCUCUUUGUUUCCUGUCUGUGCCAUGAUCUGGACCAUCGCGGGACCAACAAUUCUUUCCAAGUGGCCUCGCAAUCUGUGCUCGCUGCUCUCUACAGCUCAGAGGGAUCUGUGAUGGAGAGACAUCAUUUUGCCCAGGCCAUCGCCAUUCUGAACACUCAAGGCUGCAACAUUUUUGAGAAGUUCUCCAGAAAGGAUUACCAGCGCAUGCUAGAUUUGAUGAGGGAGAUCAUUCUGGCGACAGACCUUGCUCAUCACCUUCGCAUAUUCAAGGACUUACAGAAGAUGGCUGAUGAUGGCUAUGAUCCUAAAAGCAGUACCCACCGCUCCAUGCUGCUGUGCCUGCUGAUGACGUCAUGUGACCUGUCGGACCAAACCAAGGGCUGGAAGACCACUCGGAAGAUUGCUGAACUUAUCUACAAAGAGUUCUUCUCUCAAGGAGAUCUGGAAAAAGCCAUGGGAAACCGACCCAGCGAGAUGAUGGACAGGGAAAAAGCUUACAUCCCAGAACUACAGAUCAGCUUCAUGGAGCAUAUCGCCAUGCCCAUUUACAAGCUGCUGUCUGAACUCUUUCCCGGGGCCACGGAGCUCUACGAGAGAGUGGCGGCCAAUCGAGAGCAGUGGACCAAAGUGUCCCACAAGUUCACCAUCCGGGGGUUGCCGAGCAACAACAGCCUAGACUUCUUGGACCAGGAAUACGAGCUACUGCAGUCCCAGGGCGCUUUCGGUAGUGACCACCUCUGCCUUAACGGCUGCCUUGACGAUUGUGAAGGGGGGCACGGCCAGUGACGCCAGCGGCCGUUCUUCAGGGUCAUGACGUUUUUUUUUGCGGUCCAUUAAAGAGGUGAAGGACAACCUUUUAGCGACCGAAGAGGGAGGGGUCUCAUUGCUACUUGUCAGUCACUUCAGAUGCUGAGCAGGCCGGACAGGACACCAUUUCAAACAAACCCGACGAGACAAUUGAUCUGGGUGGUUUUCGUGAUGAGAUGCUCCACGUUGGUGGUGCAGUGAGACUGGAACACGAUGUUUUACAAGUUCAUGCGUGCAGUAUUCAUCAUGAUUAAGAUUGUACAAACACAUUGUCACACCUGAACAUCUUUACGGAAACCUUCGGGGGAUGGGGCGAUACGUGGUCACGUAAACAUGAUAUAAAGUGCUUAUCAUUUUUCGAAUUGCUGAGCAAUGUUCACACACAAGCAGCUGCCAUCAACUUAAGAAUGCUUGUGAUGUUGUGUUCCACUAUUACAUCACUAUUAAUUUAUCCAAAACAAAAAUGCCGCCCAUGUUUCAAUGGCGACGAGAAUAUUUUUGUAAUGAAUAAUUCAAAUUAUACAGUAUUUAAGUCCUGCAUUACCACAAAUAUCCACAAAGGCCAUUUGCUUUGUCUUCUCAAGCCUUGUGACAAAACAAUUUGACCAUCACUCCUUCACUACAGUCACAUUACAUUAAAAAAAAUCUAAUUCAAACACUUGUUUAAACUUAUCUUUACCACUCACUUGCCAACUUAUUUGUUGUUAAUAUCCUCACAGAACCACUAUAGAUGAAGAAAGUGAAGCCCUUUAAACGAUCCAUCCCACUUGUUGUGUAAAUGAGCCAUAGUUGAGCGUGCUCUAUUGAGUGUGUCAUAUGGAUCUGCCUUAUUGUGCAUCUUUGCUGCCUUUCUUAGAGCUUUUAAUAGAUUCCAACUGAAAUAAAACUGUCUCUUUAUUAUUGUGAAUUUGUUACAGACAUAGUAGAUCGCUUGACUAUAAGUGUGUUGACUGAAGGACCACCACACUCAGAAAAUGUAUAUUUGUGAAAUAAUCUUUGUAAAGACCUCAGUUGUUGUGUCAUUUCACCCGUUUGGUUUGCCUACAUAAAGCCACCAUUUGGUGAUUAUGACUGGGAAAGUGUUUGAUGCCAGUGUGGCUGGGAAAAAAGGAAUCAGAGAUGUAGCCAUCAAUGAAAUUAUUCCCAAAGGAAAAGUUUGAAUGUUCUUUUUUUUUUUUUUUUUUUGCAGCUCUCUGAUUGUGCCUCAUUUAGAAACGUUGGGAGUUCUUGUUAAGUGUUGCGCCACUUUUACCUUGUUUUGAAUAGGAAAUGCUGCAGCUUUUGUGAAGCCAACCACUGAGGAGUUACACAAUAUAACUAUAUCUGUAAUGGAGAACACUGUAUGUAAGUUGGUGGGCUGUGUGUGCGUGUUUGUGUGUGUGUGUGUGUGUGUGCGUGCGUGGAUGGGAGAGGGUUCAUGACCAAUUGAGUGCAUUAAAAGUGUGGCUGUGUGGGAAGCUGGGAAAGAGAGAUUCCAAUUAAGCUAGUGCAGUCUUUUUGGCUCAUUUGAAAUGGUAUUGCUAUGUCCCUGAUAAUUCCAGUGGUGGCGGAGGAAAGUAUAGAAUAAUGCAAUCAGGGUGUAUACGUGUACUGUUUUUCUUUCAACGUAUGUCAUGGGGGGUUACGUUGGUGUGUGCGUGUUUGUGUUUUACCUACAAGAGAAUACAGACUGCCUUGGUUUGAGUUUUUUCUACAAAAUGUUUUCAAAGGGCAUAUAGAUGUUUUUACUCUUUACUCUCCCACUCGAGCUUUCUUUUACAUUGUUUUAUAGCAUGUUAGUUCAUUUGAAACAAUUAUGUCAUGUAUACCUGCCUUUUUCAUGUGCAAUAUGAAGUGUUUGCCUGAGUGAAAAUGUAAAUUCCCUUGCCUCUUGUUAAUUUAUUUCCUGAGGUUUGAGCUCCCUGAGGCGUUUGAGAUCAGGGUCAAUGAAGUGUCCUGUUUUAAUCCCAGAAUGCCUCAGAUAGUUCACCUCUUCAAAUUGAGUGUGUAUCUGUCAUUCUAUGUUGCUUUUAGAGAGUCAGGUCUACUUGUGCCAGGUGAAGAAUUUGGCCUCCUUGGCCAACCCUCAGAGUUAAAAAUGAAUUUAUAGUCUUCAUUCUCUGUUUAUAGAGUGAUGACAUGGGCUAUUGUUGAUGUCAAAUGUUUUUGUUUUUCUGCUACAUCAUCGCCAGCAUUGAAAUGUCCCUGUAAAUUGUUUGCAGCCAAUCUUUAAAUCCCCAUCACAAAGCAGCGGGACUCCAUCCAUCCAUUUUCUUCCACUUAUCUGAAGUCGGGUCACGGGGGCAGCAGCUUAAGCAGGGAAGGGACUUCCCUUUCCACGGCCACUUCGUCCAGCUCUUCCGGGGGGAUCCCGAGGCGUUCCCAGGCCAGCCGAGAGAUGUCGUCUCUCCAGCAUGUCCUGGGUCGUCCCCGGGGCCUUCUCCUGGUGGGACGUACCUGGAACACCUCACCAGGGAGGCGUCUAGGAGGCAUCCUAACCAGAUGCCCGAGCCACCUCAUCUGGCUCCCCUCAAUGCAGAGGAGUAGCGGCUCGACUCUGACCCCCUCCCAGAUGACUGAGCUUCUCACCCUCAAAGGGAGAGCCCGGACACAGUGUGGAGGACACUCAUUUUGGCCGCUUGUAUCUGCAAUCUUGUUCUUUUGGUCAUAACCCACAGUUCAUGCCCAUAGGUGAGGGUAGGAACAUAUAUCAACCGGUAAAUUGAGAGCUUUGCAUUUCAGCUCAGUUCCAUCUUCACCACGACAGACCGAUAGAAAGUCCGCAUCACUCCAGACGCUGCACCGAUCCGCCUGCCAAUCUCUAGCUCCCUUCUUCCCUCACUCGUGAACAAGACCCCGAGAUACUUGAACUCCUCCAGUAGGGGCAGGAUCUCUUCCUCGACCCAGAGAGGGCACUCCACCCUUUUCUGACUGAGGACCAUGGCCUUAGAUUUGGAGGUGCUGAUUGUCACCCCAGCUGCUUCACACUCUGCUGUCAACCAUUCCAGCAAGAGUUGGAGAUCAUGGCUUGAUGAAGCCAUCAGAACCACAUCAUCUGCAAAGAGCAUCGACAUGGUACUGAUGUCACCAAACCGGACACCCUCAACACCCCGGCUGUCCCUAGAAAUUCUGUCCAUAAAGGUAAUAAACAGAAUCUGUGAUAAAAGGGCAGUCUUGGCGGAGUUCAACCCUCACUAGAAACAAAUCUGAUUUACUGCUGGCAAUCCAGACCAAAAUCUUAUACCGGUUGUACAGGGACCGAACAUCCUUUACCAGGGGGAGUCCGGUACCCCAUACUCCCGGAGCACCCCCCACAGGACUGUGCAAGGGACAUGGUCGAACACCUUCUCCAAGUCCACAAAAUACAUGUAGACUGGUUGGGUGAACUCCCAUGCACCCUCGAAGACCCUGCUGAGGGUGUAGAGCUGGUCCACCGUUCCAUGGCCAGGAGAAAAAACACACUGCUUCUCCUGAAUCUGAGAUUUGACUUCCUGAUGGACCCUCCUCUCCAGAACCCCUGAAUAGACCUUACCAAGGAGGCUGAGGAGUGUGAUUCCCCUAUAGUUGGAACACACCCUCCGGUCCCUCUUCGUAAAAUGGGGGACCACCACCCCGGUUUGCCAAUCCAGAGUCACUGUCCCUGAUGUCCAUGCGAUGUUGCAGAGGCGUGUCAACCAGGACAGCCAUACAACAUCCAAAGCCUUUAGGGACUCCGGGGGGGGAUCUCAUCCACCCCUGCCACCAAGGAGCUUUUUAACCACCACGGUCAUCUCAGCCCGAGAGAUAGAAGAACAUCUCAGAGUCCCAAGACUCUGCUUCCUCAUGGGAAGGCCCGUUGGUGGAAUUGACGAGGUAUUCAAAGUAUUCGGCCCACCAACUCACAACGUCCCAAGUUGAGGUCAGCAGCGCACCAUCCCCACUAUACACAGAGUUGACGGUACACUGUUUCCCCUUCCUGAGACGCCUGAUGGUGGACCAGAAUUUCCUGAAGGCCGUCCGGAAGUGUGGCCUCACUGAGCUCUUCACAUGCCAAAGUUUUUUCCUCAAGCGACCACCAAAGCUGUAUUCCGCUUGGCCAUCCAGUACGUAUCAGCUGCCACCGGAGUUCCACAGCCCAAAAAGGCCCGAUAGGACUCCUUCUUCGGCUUGACAGCAUCCCUUACGGCUGGUGUCCACCAACAUUUCCGCCACCACAGGCACCGACAACCUUACGGCCACAGCUCCGGUCAGCCGCCUCAACAAUGGAGGCACAGAACAUGGUCCACUCGGACUCAAUGUCCCCCGUCUCCCCCGGGAGUAGGCGAAGUUCUGUCAGAGGUGGGACUUGAAGCUACUUCUGACAGGGGACUCUACCAGACGUUCCCAGCAGACCCUCACAAUAGGUCUGCCAGGUCGGACCGGCAUCUUCCCCCACCAUCGGAGCCAACUCACCACCAGGUGGUGAUUGGUUGACACCUCUACCCCUCUCUUCACACAGUGUCCAAGACAUGCGGCCGCAAGUCCGAUGACAAGACCACAAAUUCCAUUAUCGAACCAAACCAAGCCAAGUCAGGGGGUCCAAUCCUCCCUAUCAUCCCCCUCCAGGUCUCAGUGUCAUUGUCCAUGUGAGCGUUGAAGUCCCCCAGCAGAACGAGGGGAGUCCCCAGCGGGAGCACAAACAACAGUCAGGACCAGACCCCCACACCUGAAGGCGGAGGGAGGCUACCCUCUUGUCCACUGGGUAAACCCCAAUGUACAGGCACAGAGUCAGGGGCCAUAAUAAUGCCCACACCUGCUCGGUGCUUUUUACCGUGGGCAACUACAGAGUGGAAAAGACUCCAACCCCUCUCAAGAGGACUCAUACCAGAGCCCAAGCUGUGUGCGGAGGUGAACCCGACUAUAUCAAGUUGGAACUUCUCAACUUCACACACCAGCUCGGACUCCUUCCCUGCCAGAGAGGCGACAUUCCACAUCCCUAGAGCCAUCUUUUGUUGCCGAGGAUCGGACUGCUGAGGUCCCCGACUUCGGCCAACACCCAGCUCACUACGCACCCGACAACCUUGGCCCCUCCCACAGGCAGUGAGCCCAUGGGACGGCAGCACGACUCUAACCUGUGAAAAUGCCAUUGUACUGCUCAUCUGUGACUUAACGUUAAGUGGUAAAAAUAUUUUUGCUGUAAAUAGGAAGGUUUGAAGAAGGAAACUUUACGUCGUCUGUCAUUAUUACAAUUGGAUGUAUUUUCUAUGUAAUUAAAAUGCUUCUUUUGAGUUUUCUCCCCCCCCCAACUCCACAUUGAGAACUUUCAAGAGACAGGAUAAAAGAAAACUGUGUAAACGUGUAUUCUGUAUUUCUGAUAGUGCAGCACAAACAAUAACCCAAUCUAAUCUGACACUGUAUAAAAGAUGCUUUACAGGGAAAUAAAUACAGUCAUUUGUUUCUUUUAUUGUUUUGUUUUGUUGUGUCUGAGAGCUUGGGCUAUAUCUUGACUUUAAAUGAACAAUGAUAUAUAAGAGAAAAAGACAAAUGGAUGACAUUUUUGUUUUGGUCAUUUGUGGAAUAAAUGUGA